UUUCCAACGGGGUUGGAAAUUGAAAGUGUAAAACGAAAGUUUAACAGUGUCGCCGGUUUCCCAAAUGUAGUUGGAGCAGUUGAUGGCACUCAUGUCAAGAUACAGGCACCACCAGACAACGAGGCAGAUUAUGUGAAUGUACAGAUGGUAUGUGAUGCAAAUUACAGGAUAACUAAUGUUAUUGCUAAAUGGCCGGGAUCUGUGCAUGACAGUCGAAUGUUCUCGGAGGGGAUCUUGUGCCAGAAGUUGGAGACUGGACAAAUUGAUGGACUGCUGCUUGGGGACAGUGGGUACCCAUGUCGAAAAUACCUCAUGACACCCUAUGCGAAUCCUAGAAAUCUGUCGGAGGAAAGAUUCAACACAGCUUUGUGCCGCACCAGAGUGCUCAUAGAACAAACAUUUGGAAUGAUGAAGAGGCGCUUCGCAGUACUGAAAUACGGAAUAAGAACGACACCAGACAGAGCGGCUGUUUAUGUUGCCUCAUGUGCAAUGUUGCACAACUUUGGUUUUGAGCAUGGAGAUGUGUAUGGACGCCAAACAUACGAGAAUGAUGACAUGCCACAAGUGGACAACCAAGGUGUUGAUGUUAAUGGGCGGACCCAAAGGGACAAUCACCCUGUCAAUCAUUUGUCAUUGUUGUACGUGUAGAUUUUCAUAUUUCAGUUAAACAGUUACUGACUAUUUAAGAAAUAAGCAGAAAACAUCUAAUUUUUAUAAACUUAAAUAUAAGAUUCUGCGAUCUAAUUUUUGUCAGCAGUCUUACAUAACUUGUUUUUAUGGAUUUUCAAAAAUUGGCUCGUUCCAAGAUAAAAAAUAUUUCAAAACGUUCAAUCUGUGAGAGUGCAGCUUUAAUAUCUUUGAUAAUACCAAUUAUUGAAUGUAAUAUGCAAGGCUACUUAACAGGGAUAUGCAUUGAAGACAACAGGUUCCUUUAAGACAUUAACUGGCUAUAUUUAUCUAUAGAUGAAUUGAAAAAAAAAACAAAACUUUUAUACUUUAUGUAGCUGUAAGUCCAUGUUUAACAUGUUUAACAAUAGGAGAAACUACAUAAAACAUGUGCUAUACAUUUAAUGGCAAAAGUGUAAGUUGUGGAUAUCACUUUGAACAUCUAUCACCGAUUGUAUUUCUUAUUCAUUAACACAUAAAUAAAUGUCAGUUUAACAAACAAUUCAUUAUAACUAUGUAACUUUACCAAAUGGAAGACUGAUAAUAACACAACAUUAACAAUCAGAUAUUACAGUAAAGUGAGGUUCCAUAAUGAAAUGAAAUGAAAAACAAUAUUAUACAAUUAUGUUAUCUGAAUUGUUACAGAUUGUUUUUGAUUUUUUAUGCUCUUUUGCAAUAGUUUAUAAGCAAAAAUUGAUAUUUUCAACUUCAUUUAAACAGUAACAUUCAGUUUCAUGGUGUGUAUUGAGAAAAGAAUGUAUACUGUUUAUGUCACAUCACAGUUCUGUUAUUGAUUUGUAAAAGAUAUUGAUCAGCAUUAUUUAUCAUCUUUGUUUUUGUAAUGGUUUGCUUAACACAAUAUUGAUUUUAGCAAAACUUGCUCUGCUCACUUUUACUGUGUUACAGUUAUUUUGCACAUUUUGUUCAUCAUAAUGCAUGAGUGUAAUUCUUUCUGAAACUGUUGCACGAGUCCACUCGGUCAAAUUUACACAAUUUUUCAUCAGUUGUUUUUGAGUUGUAUUGAACAAAGUAAAACUUCAUGAAAUUAUUGUAAGAUAUGAUAUAUCAACAGUAAUACCCCAUAUAAUACCAAUGACUAAAAUAACCUAGACAUUCAAGUUGAAACAAUAAAUGUAUUACAAUUUAAUGUAGACUUAUUCCUAUUACACAAAUAAGAUUUUUUGAUUGUAAAUACUUUCCAUCAAAAUGAUUUUAGAUACAUCAUCAGAGAAAAUACUUCUACAUACUUAAUAAUAAAGGAUAAUUUCCAUCUCAAUAACACAUGUUGUAUAUGUUGAAGAACAAAUGAGUAGCUCAAAUUGAUAUUACGGUAAAUGAUUGGUGAAUGCUAAAAUAUUUACUAUGGUCUACUUAAGUCUUAGUAUGAAGAAAUAACUUGUUAAAUGUUCAUUUCUUUCAAAUUAAACUCAGUAUCUUUCAUUAAAUAAAUUAUUUUAGACAUCUAUUCAUCCUUUUUGGAAUAUUACAACAAUAUCAUGGAGUGUGGUAUAUAUUAUCUAGGAGUAAGAGUGGAUCUUUAAAGCUGCACUGUCACAGUUUGAACAAGUCUUUUUUCUUUUUUUUAAUGUUGGAACGAGCCAAUUUUUGUGAAAAUCCAAGGGAACCAGUUAUAUGAGAUUCAUGACAAAAAUUAGAUCGCAUAUUUUUAUAAUCAAGUGCAAAAAUUGAUAUUUUAUGCAUUUAAGCCAUGAAAUAUUAAUUUUCGAACAGAAAUAUUGAAAUAUACGAUCUAAUUAUUUUUUUGAGAGCAAUCUUAUAUCACUUGUUUGCAGAAACAUACGCAAAAAUUUGUCCUUUCCAAGACAAAACAUGAAAAAGUUGUAAAAAUGGUAAAUGUGUGAGAGUGCAGCUUUAACAAUAUAUACUGCAUUCAAAAAGAGAUCUUAUGAAAAAUUGUAACUUUCAUUUCCUAAUCCUGGAAAAGUAAUGUUGAAAUCCAUGUUAGCAUUUCGCAUGGCAUUCUCCAGAACAGAUUUUUUCAAUUGGAAAAGUUCACGUUGUUAAGCUAUCUUUAAAUCUAAAAGUUCAAUCUCUUUUCUUGCUCUGCAAACUUCAAGGUCAUGAAGCUCCUCGGUCAGCUCAAUCCUAUCCAUGCACUUCCUACGACCUAUGAAGAAAUUGUAUAUUUUUGUUUUUAAGUUUAUACAUUUAUAAUGUACACAACAAAAAUGCAAAUAUUCCUUAGCAUGGAUUAUAAUGAAAGCAAAUUUACUCUAAAAACAUGCAUAUAUUGCUGUUGAUGAUUUGAAAAUGAAAUAAGGCAUUAAGACCACCAAUGUUGAAAAAAAAUAUCUUUCAAAUGCAAAAGGCAGUUAACAACUGAAAUUAAUAUGUUUUCUUUUUUAACCAAAUUUCAUCUGCAUCCAUAUUAUGCCAUUCAUCCUUUCGUGUAAGUGUUUAAUAUUUAUGAUUUGACUGAUAUACAUAUAUAUCCUAUGUUCCUGAUUUUGUGUUAAAUAUGAAUAUACCGUUGAAAAUGUACUCAUA